AUGGCUAUUUUUGGUCUCUCUACAGAGCCUUUCCACCCUGACUACCACUCGCAGUCAGGUACCGAACACGACAUGGCUAGUCCUACUCUUCCUCGGAUACCGUUGUUCGUACCAUCUCAGUAUUGGAAUUACCAUGCGCAUUCGCCCGUCGGCUAUCACGGUUAUCCCGUUCAACAAUACUCGAGCAGCUUCAAGAUGACACCCUUUAGCCCACCAUACGACUCUUACGAGCACUGGCAACACGAGUACAACACUCUUGCCUCGAAUGCGACUACUCUCGACUCCGCCACCCAGCGACACAACCCUGACAACUUCCUCGAAGCCGCUGUGGGGGCAACGAGCUCAAAGCUCACCGCCACAGCACCCGCCUUCGUGCCCGUCAAGUCCUCAAAGCUCAACGCAGCAGCAUCAAGCUUCCUCUUAAGCCGCCUAGCAGUCUUCGACCCUCCAGCCGACGACGAUCUCGCAAAGCGCCCUCGCAGGUACAACCGCGUUCUUCCAGAUGCGCGCAACGACAAGAUCACCUGUGCGCUCGAGAUGAUGCAAUGUCCACGCGAUGGACAAGUCGGCCGCUUCGCCGACGAGACCACGUACGAGUUUAACAAAGGAUGGCACUUCAACGAUCCUGUACUCGCUGAGAUGUAUCGUACGAUGAUCGCGCCGAAGAAACACAACUUCGCCGCUUUCGCUCUGCGCGUCAAUAUUCGACCUGUGAACGAUGCGCCUCCGCUUUGGCCGCCUUAUAUGAAUCUCUUCGAUAUCAAGUCUUACUACUUUGAAGCCGUUGAGAAGGAUAGCGUGAAACAGGCGAAAUGGGUUACCAUUUUGCCGAGCGGCUCGCCACCGACUGCUGAGACUGUCCACAUCUACGAGACAUACAAGAAGGAGUGGGUGUCUUUCGGUGACUGGCUCGCGAAGAACAUCAAGUCGCGCGAAUGGCUCGGUCGCCUUGGCUAUCACUUGCAGUUUAGGUGGUAUAAACAUAAGGGUAGCAAACGUCGCUUCGAGGACUUUCCAGCCGAGAUCCGCGAGAAGAUUUACAAGGCCGCUAUUGGCGAUGAAGUAUACCCGCUAAGCAGCCACUGCAUCGCUGCUCGUCGCCCAGGCUCGCCCCUUGAGUCUGAAGAUUGCGAUCUCUCUCCUCUUGACGGAACGCCCGAACCUGGAGCCCAGCUAACGUUGGGAUUGGGCUAUCACCGGGGUCUGUUUUGGCAUAGAAAGGGUGACGCAUUAUUGGCGUCUCCGUGGGAUAACGACCAGAUGUCAGAAGAUCGACCUUUCGUAUACGAACCAGAUAUCUCGCUUUCGGCAGUCAACUCCACUAUCCGCGACGAGUUUCUUCACUUCGCCUGGGUACGAAUGCGUAGCCGAUUCUUCGAGCCAAAGCUAUUUACCCUAGCCACGGAAGCGCAACCGGGCUCAGCUGCAGCUUACCAAUACCUGAGUAAAGUCGAGCUGAGCUUCACUAAUGCAGACUGGUUUACUUUCUUCGGUGUCAACAUGAUUUAUCACCCGUUCGGAAUUGGGUCUAAAUGGCCCAAGUCUAAAGGUCCCUAUCUUCAAAAGCUUGACAACCUCCGCGACUUACGUCUUCGCUUUCGAACAACGGAUGACGGCUACCAGGGCAGCCAAUGGGGCAGUGAAUACGAAAUGAACCCAUGUUCUCGGUAUGGAGGGGAGGGUUACAUUUGCUGUCAGCGUACGAUGGUGGACUGGAUCUGCACUUUCGCAUAUCCCUUUCUAAUCGACAAGUGCAAAAAAAAGGAGUCGAAAGAGAAACUAACAGUCACGUUGACCGGUGCUGUGAAGACGGUUACAAAAGAGAAAUGGGAGGCGAUCUUCAAGGGCCAGCGCGAUCACGACCAGGAAGCGGCGCUGAAAGCCAUCUUUGAUACCCCGGAUGAAGAAUUGUGA